AUGGGCUACAAGCCCCGGAACAUUGAACCUGGCUCGUAUCCGUUUCCAAGGAAGCAAGUUCCUGUUGAGGGUCUAAAGUCGUAUGCCGAACGCAUCAAAGACGUUGCUCCGGCCCAACAGUCCCUAGAACCUGUGGACAUUGGAUUCAAAUUUGAUCCUCCCAAACGUACCCACAAGAUCAUCAAGAGGCCCGAGCUGGAACCGUUGGCUCGGCGAAAAGAACUGAAGGUAAAAAUUGACGAAGUGCACAACGCCGACGAAGACGUUGAGUCACCGAUCCGUCGAUCACUUGCAGCAUGCCAUUAUGGCAUCUUCUCCGACCUCUUUGGACCUCCUCAUCAGUUCAAUCCGGUUGUAGAUCUACCAAUCUUUUAUCCUCUCGCAAAUUCCUCCGAUGUCAUUCCGGUUUUCUGUGGCAAUUACGUUUCCCCGGAAAAUGCCAUGGAUGAGCCCCUUGUCGAUCUAUCUCGUUUAACCAGCAAUUCGUUGUGGACACUUAUCAUGACGUGUCCAGACGAACCGUUGCCUGAUGAAUCCGACACUCAACCUGCCGAAUACAUCCACUGGAUGAUCACAAACAUCAGCUCAGAGGUGUGUGCAGACGGCGCGCCCAAGAGCGGAGAUGUCGUCGUCGAGUACUUGCCACCACUGCCCUACUGUGGCACGGGUUUUCACCGCUACGUCUUCGUGCUCUAUCGCCAAGACAACGGCGUCGUCGACUUGUCUGGAGAAACACGUGGGCCCGUCAAUGUAGACCAGCAUUCCGAGCGAGUGUUCAGUACUGCAGAUUUUUACCGAAAGCAUCAAGACGCAUUGACUCCAGCGGGACUUGCCUUCUUCCAGUCUUCCUGGAACACCUCGGUCAGGUCGUACAUUCGUGAGCAUCUUCCGCUGUCUAAAGAACUGGUAUUCGGGGUUGAAUUUCCAGACGACUUGCCACCCCCGCAAUCUCGCUUCCCAUUGGCCAAUUCGUGGUUCCACCCACGCCGACACCCCUGUGGCCUCCCUCUAGCCGACAGCCGUCUCGGUGUGCACGAAGACGUCUCCUUCGACGUCUACCUGGAUCGAUAUCGAGAUAGACGCGAGAUGGACGAGGAGUUGGUGAAACUACGACUGGCCACCGAAGGCAACCCCUUGGACGCCACGUGCAAACGGACCCAGUCACCCUUCCCCCUUGCCAGUCCUCCUCUCCCUUCGGAUCGUGAAGUCCCGUCGUGGUGGAGGCAGCAGGAGAUUCAACGGCGUCUGCGCAAAGGUCGCUGGGCACAGCUGGAAGGCCACGAGGACUGA